CACUGGGACGGUAGCCGACAUACCGCUACUGCUACAAUCGUGCCACGUUCUCGCCAUUCCUCGGCCCAGACCACCACCAUCCCCUCUCUCUCUCUCUCUCAGCUCUCUCCAAUCAUUUCGAGCGAGCACGGCCACGUCCAUCGAUCGAUUCCCCCACCCUCAUCUAUUUACAGGGUUUUCUCGGAUCGCCGCCGCCCAUGCCGGAUCCCCGAUCGCUUAUCCUGAUAGUCUCCUGCUGCGCCACGAUCUCCGCGACCGCGGCCCCCUAGUGCGCCUGCUGAUCUCCCUGUCGGCCUCCGAUCAGAACGUUCGACGCGCCCUCCUCGGCAAGCAAGUUAGAUAGAUGGUAGGUGAUGGCGGCAUAACCGACUUUGUCGAUCGCGCAAACAAGGCAGCGGAUUCCUUUUUCAAGGGAAGGAGGCAGAUCGAAGGCUGGGGUUGUGCUGGAAGUAAGAAGGUUGACUUGAGGUGUCUAAGAAGCACCGGCCACCUGGAGCGGUUGUAAAGAUGAUGGUGGAUUCUGGUCCGGCUGCGGAGCCUGGAGCUGCCGCUAAUGCAUCACCCGAGAAGGAUCGGGCAGGCAAUGGUGACUAUGCCUGUGGAGGAUGGAAAAGUGAGGAUGGAAGUUUAACUUGUGGAUACUCUAGCUUCAGGGGACAAAGAGUCAGCAUGGAGGACUACUGUGAUCUAAAAUCAACUAAAAUUGAUGGGCAUACAGUUCAUCUUUUUGGAAUAUUUGAUGGACAUGGUGGUUCACAUGCUGCUGAAUAUUUGAAGGAACACUUAUUUGAGAACCUCACGAGGCACCCACAAUUCAUGUCGGACACAAAACUUGCAUUAAGUACUAACAGACUUGUGAAAUUACUUGGUGAAACAUAUAAAAAAACUGAUUCAGACUUUUUAGCUGCUGAAAGCAAUACUUCCAGAGAUGAUGGUUCUACAGCUUCUACAGCUGUUUUGAUUGGCAAGCACUUAUAUGUAGCUAAUGUUGGAGAUUCACGUGCUGUAAUAUCAAAAACAGGCAAAGCAAUUCCUCUCUCCAAUGAUCACAAGCCAAACAGAAGUGAUGAGCGCAAGAGGAUUGAGGAUGCUGGAGGGGUUGUCACGUGGACUGGCACUUGGAGAGUUGGAGGCAUAUUGGCAAUGUCACGAGCAUUUGGUAACCGCCUUUUGAAACGAUUUGUUGUGGCAGAGCCUGAGAUUCAGGAGCAAGUGGUGGAUGAAGAACUGGAAAUUCUGGUGUUGGCUAGUGACGGGCUGUGGGAUGUGGUAGCAAAUGAGGAUGCUGUCUCACUUGUGAGAGCGGAAGAGGAACCCGAGGCUGCUGCUCGGAAGUUGACGGAGACCGCCUUCUCGCGCGGCAGCGCAGACAACAUUACAUGCAUCGUGGUCAGAUUCCACCACGACAAGUUUGACGUAGAUCAGUCUCCUUCUCCUCCUCCAACAGCUAUUCAGGCUUGACGUCUUGAAGCAGUUUUCCCAUCCAUAUAUAUAUAUAUAUAUAUAUAUAUAUAUAUAUAUAUAUAUAUGUAUCGUUGGCUUGGUGGUGUGUACAACAUAACCUGCUCUUCGUGUGUUCCUCGAUCUCCCCUGUCAGCGGUCUAUUGGCUGAUAAUUCCUCUUCAUUUAUUUAUUUAUUUUCCAAGUUAUAGGAAAUCCCCAAAGAAGAGCGUUCUGUUCCUGUUUCAAUCUGCUCCGAAUGGUAACACAAUUUCAGCAGAAUUCUUGAGGCGUGCAGUUUUUGGAUUCA